CUCAGCUAGCAUUAAAUUCUCCGUUCAUCUUGCGCUCCGGGGAACUCGCGUGUUGUGUUCAAAUAUCUCGGUGGAAGACAAAAUACCAGACCUUCUGAACACCUGCAAGAGAGCAGGUCAAAGAGUGGAAAGUGAAGAAGCUGAGGAAAUGGAAACUCAGGAGCCAGGAAACCAGCCUCCACCUAAAAAUGGGCCCCCAAAUCCAAAGAGGAAUCCAAAGAGAAGGCAGCUGCAGCAUUCUGCUGAUAUAGUGUUCUCCAAAGGGUCUAAUAUCCAUACCGUGCCCUCGCUCAGCAAAAUCUUGAAGGGGGUCACAGAAUGUGUCAUUGGCCUUCAGUAUGUGUGGGAGUACCGGAGCCCCAGUAAAUCCGUCGCACCGCACUAUCAGUGCAAACUGUGCGCCAUGGCCAGCUUACAGCAUGAUAUUAUUGACCAUGUGAAAGGCUGGAAACACUGCUACAGAUACAUGAAAAAGACCCACCCUGACAAGAUCACCAAUGAGGAGGAAGAUGCUGUCAAAGACCCUGCUAUCAGAAAAUCUAUUAAGGAAGCCGCUGCCGAAGUGGAAAAGACUGAGGGGAGGGGACAAAUCAAGGUGAUCCUCAGGGAGCCCUUUGACGUUCCUGCUUUCAAAGGACUCCGAUCUGCUGUUCCUAAAGUUGCACCUUCACCAGCUCCAGGGAUGGGACAAAUGGGGCCACCAUUUGGUCCCAGGUUCUCUGAACCAAGGUUCCCAGGAGAGUUUCCUCCUGACUAUCCAGUGGACGAAUUCAGAGAGCCCAACUUUGGAGGCUACUCCUCCAGGCAAGAUUUUCCUGACUCUGGUAUGGAUCAGGGACCUUUCAUGGAUGGCAUGGGUCAUGGUCCAGGUGGAAGAGAUGGCUAUAGAAGGAGUGGACUGCUGGAUGAAGGUCCAAACAAAACGUUCCUGGACGAAUUCAAGGGCAGUCGGAUGGGGAGCAGCUUAAUGAACAGGCCAGGUUUAAUGGGGGCAGCUCCAGAAUCUAGCAGCCUUCCCCAUACUUUGCUCUCAUACCUGGAUACUUUCCGGAUAGAGAAUGAGAGUGAUGCCCAGCUGGUGCUGAAGGUGACACAGAAACUAACAGAUGUGCUGAUGGAGUACCGACUCAGGAGCGUAUCAUCAGGGCCAAACAGCAUGAGCUCCACAGACUUCUCCUCUUCGCCCCCUAGAAUGCAAAGCGGUGGCAACCGAUACUCGGGUCCAUCCAGGUACCCUGACGGCCCAUCCAGAUAUUACAAAUAAGAGAUGCAACAAGUCUGUCUUCUUGUCUUUCUGUGCCUCAUGCACAUAAGUUGUUGCUGUCCAGAUGUUGAUUUCAUGUUUUUUUUUUUUUUUUUUUUUUUUAUAUAUACACACACAUAUAUUUACAUGCAGUGGGUUUUCCUUCUGUUGCUGCCAGGUAGUCUCCUUAUUUUAAUAUGUCUUCAGAAUAUGGGAAGAUUUAUUACUUGGAGGGUUUUACAUGUGACUUUUGUUGUAUCCUGCACCCGUAACUGAUGAUUUUAGUUUAUUUUUUAGGUUCACAGAGCUAUUAAAGGCUUUUAAUGAUG